AUGGCUGACGUUGCCCAAACUGACCAAGAGACGGAAGAGUAUGACCUUGGGCUUGAUACUUCAACCCUAUACACCGUGAUUGAUAGGGACAAAGUGUUCGGGCUCAACUUAACUGUGCCCGAGGAUGCGAAGGAAGUUAUUAAAACCUGGAACGAUCGAGACUCCGUAGACAAAUGGGUAGACAGUGGAGUGGACGAUCAACUUAUAAUACACGUUCCAUUCAUCGAGAGCGUCAAGGUACGGAGUGUGCUCCUCAAACCCGCUCGAGGCGAGACGUGUCCGCAAAGACUUCGGAUCUAUGCGAACCAGCCCUCAGGCGUGGACUUUGCGGACGCUGAAAACAUCAAACCUCAUCUUGACAUGUCAAUUCUAGAAGGUGAUACAGGCGUCACGGAGUACCCUCUCAAGGUGGCAGCAUUCACAAACGUUAGCUCGCUAACGCUCUUCUUUGCAACUCACCCAUUUCCCAUAUGGCAGUCGGAGUCAGCGUCUGAAGAAUGCACAAGGAUUUACUUCAUCGGGUUCAAAGGCGAUACUCGCAGAACAAAGAAAGACACUCGAACGAAACUCGAUCUCGCUGCUGCGAAUGCGGCUGAUGCAACAGUCACCAAGCUCGCAGAGAAAGCCGGACCUUCACAGACAACCAUUCGUUGA